ACAUUUGAGCGUCUGGGUUUGCUUUCUCUGCAGACAGAUGUGUGAGUCACUUUCUCUCCCUCCCGCCCCCAGCAGCACCACACAGUUGAGGGAACUCUGGCUUUGUCCUUCUCUGUGUGUCCCAGGCAAAUGGUGAGGAGUGAGGACGGCUUCUGCAGUGUGAUUUACUGGCAAGCUGCCAUCCCUUGGACCAUCUCCUCCUCUUAGCUGCAGUCACUUUGGAGAGGCUUCUGUGCAUCCCUGGCAUCUCCUUCCAGUCAGUGACCAGCCUGCAGCUCAAGGCAAGAAGAGGUAUGUUGCUCAUGCCUGACUCACAGGGAGCACAUCAAUGUUAGGAGUGGAACUGGGAAGUAGCUGCAGGGAAAGGUAUAUGCAGGUCUGGUGGCUGGUUCUGUAAAAUGUAGCCAUGGCUGGGCCAGGCAAACGAAUCCGAACCCUUCCAACAGAUCUCAACAAAGUCUGCCCAGAAGAAGGAGACAGUUACUCCGUUUAUCCCAGAAGCUACUAUGAUCUGGAUGUGGUCUCCAACCUCAGAAGAAGUAACAGCGCCUUCAGCAAGAGCAAGAAGAGGGCUCAUUUCACUCCUGGCAUCAAUGAAAAGGAAAAUCUUAGCUCAUGGAUCCCAGAAAACAUUCGAAAAAAGGAAUGUGCUUAUUUUGUCGAAAGUUCUCAGAUGUCAGAUUCUGGCAAGGUGGUGUGUGAAUGUGGCUAUCUCAGGGAGGAGCAUUUAGAGGAAGCCAUAAAACCUACCAUGUUCCAGGGCAAAGAAUGGGAUUCCAGAAGACAUGUCCAGGAAACGCCAACAAAUGCUUUUGGGGACAUCAGCUUCACAGGCCUGGGGCAGAAGAUAGGGAAGUAUGUUCGCGUGUCCAAUAGCACUCCACCAAGAAUAAUUUAUCAGCUGAUGACACAGCACUGGGGUCUUGAAAUACCCAACCUCUUAAUAUCUGUAACAGGCGGAGCUAAAAACUUCAACAUGAAGCUAAGAUUGAAGAACAUCUUCCGAAGAGGGCUUGUCAAAGUGGCCCAGACAACAGGUGCCUGGAUCAUCACUGGUGGUUCUCAUGCCGGUGUGAUGAAGCAAGUUGGAGAAGCAGUAAGGGACUUCAGCAUGAGCAGCAGCUUUAAAGGAGAGAUUGUCACCGUUGGGAUUGCCACAUGGGGAACAGUAUACAACCGUAGUAGCCUCAUAAGCCCUAUGGGCAGCUUCCCAGCUGAAUAUGUGAUGGAUGAGGAGACCCAAGGAAAUCUUUCUUGCCUGAAUAAUAACCACUCACAUUUCAUCCUGGUGGAUGAUGGCACUCAUGGGAAGUAUGGUGUGGAGAUCCCCUUGAGGACCAGACUUGAGAAGUUCAUUUCAGAGCAAACCAAAGUGAAAGGAGGGGUUGCCAUUAAAAUACCAAUUGUUUGUGUAGUACUGGAGGGUGGCCCUGGGACGCUUGACACCAUCUACAAUGCAAUUACAAACGGCACUCCCUGUGUGGUUGUGGAAGGCUCAGGACGUGUGGCUGACGUCAUUGCUCAUGUGGCUAACCUUCCCAUCUCCAAAAUAAGCAUUUCAUGUAUCCAGAGGAAACUGAGCACAUUCUUCAAGGAUAGCUAUGAGCAGUUCACAGAGAGCAAAAUCGUGGAAUGGACCAAAAAAAUCCAAGAUAUUGUGCGAAACAGGCAACUCUUGACCAUCUUCAGGGAAGGCAAAGAUGAGCAACAGGAUAUUGAUGUGGCCAUACUUCAGGCAAUGCUCAAAGCUUCUCGAUACCGUGAUCACUUUGGCCAUGAGAACUGGGAUCACCAGUUGAAGCUAGCAGUGGCAUGGAAUAGAGUGGAUAUUGCCCGAAGUGAGAUUUUCACUGAUGAUCAUGAAUGGAAGCCUUCCGAUCUGCAUCCUGUAAUGGCAGCUGCUCUCAUAGGCAACAAGCCAGAUUUUGUGAAACUCUUUCUGGAACAAGGAGUGCGCCUGAAGGAGUUUGUGACCUGGGAUGCUUUGAUCUACCUCUAUGAAAACUUGGCACCGUCUAGUGUCUUCUAUGGGAAGCUGCAGAAGGUGUUGCAGGAAGAGAAAGAGCGCUCAGCCUUCUCCAAAGUGCCCAAGAUCCAGAUGCACCAUGUGUCCCAUGUGCUGAGAGAGCUGCUGGGAGACUUCACACAGCAACUGUACCCCAAGCCGAAGAACACCGAGCAACACCGUCUCUCCAUUGCUGUGCCUCAUAUAAAACUCAAUGUACAAGGAGUAAGUCUUCGAUCCCUCUACAAACGUUCUCCUGGACGGGUCACAUUCACCAUGGAUCCUGUGAGGGAUUUGCUUAUUUGGGCAGUUGUCCAAAGCCGCAAGGAACUGGCUGAAAUCAUCUGGGCCCAGAGCCAGGACUGCAUUGCAGCAGCUUUGGCCUGCAGCAAGAUACUGAAGGAAUUAUCUAAAGAGGAAACUGACACGGAUAGCACUGAGGAAAUGCUUGCCCUGGCAGAGGAAUAUGAACACCGAGCCAUUGGUGUUUUCACUGAAUGUUAUCGGAAAGAUGAAGAACGAUCCCAGAAGCUCUUGAUCCGUGUCUCUGAUGCUUGGGGCAAGACCACCUGCCUACAACUAGCUUUGGAGGCUAAAAAUAUGAAUUUUGUGUCUCAUGGAGGCAUCCAGGCCUUCUUAACCAAAGUUUGGUGGGGGAAGUUGAGUGUUGAUAAUGGGUUAUGGCGAGUCAUUGCGUGCAUGCUGUUUUUUCCCCUCCUUUACACUGGCCUCAUCACUUUCAGAGAGAAGAGGCUCCAACCGAUGACUUGUCUGAGCCGCUUCCGAGCCUUCUUUACAACUCCUGUUGUCAUCUUCCACCUCAACAUCCUUUCUUAUUUCACCUUCCUCUGCCUCUUUGCCUAUGUGCUAAUGAUAGAUUUCCAGGCUACUCCAUCCUGGAGGGAAUAUGUCAUCUAUUUCUGGCUCUUCUCCUUAGUGUGUGAGGAGGCACGUCAGAUCUUUUAUGAUCCAGAUGGGUUUGGCUUUUGGAAAACGGUGUCUUUGUAUCUUAAUGAUUUCUGGAACAAAUUGGAUGUGUGUGCCAUCCUAAUCUUUAUAGCUGGACUAACCUGCAGAUGGAUACCAGCCACUUUGUAUCCUGGAAGGAUCAUAUUAUCUCUGGCUUUUACUAUUUUCUGCUUGCGCUUGAUGCACAUUUUCACAGUCAGUAAAACUCUAGGCCCCAAGAUCAUCAUAGUGAAAAGGAUGAUGAAAGACGUCUUUUUCUUCCUCUUCCUAUUGGCUGUUUGGGUGGUAUCCUUUGGCGUGGCCAAGCAAGCCAUCCUGAUCCACAAUGAGAACCGGGUGGACUGGAUCUUCCGAGGCGUUGUCUAUCAUUCUUACUUGACCAUUUUUGGGCAGAUCCCUACCUACAUUGACGGCGUUAACUUCAACCCUGAUCAGUGCAGCCCAAACGGGACAGAUCCCUACAAGCCGAAGUGCCCUGAAUACAAUGGGCAGCCCCUCUUUCCCGAGUGGUUGACAAUAAUUUUGCUAUGCCUCUACCUGCUCUUCACCAACAUCCUCCUCCUCAAUCUCCUCAUCGCCAUGUUCAAUUAUACAUUUCAGCAGGUGCAGGCCCACACUGAUCAGAUCUGGAAGUUUCAGCGCCAUGAUUUGAUUGAGGAAUACCAUGGGAGACCCCCAGCUCCACCACCCUUCAUCCUCCUGAAUCACCUGCAGCUCUUCAUCAAAUGGGUUGUCCUCCGGAAGCCAGCCACUCAGCACAAGCAGCUUAAAGAGAAGCUUGAGAAGAAUGAAGAAGCAGCUCUUUUGUCCUGGGAAAUGUAUAUGAAGGAAAACUAUCUGCAAAUUCAACAAUGUCAACAGAAGCAAAACAAUGAGCAGAAGCUCCAGGACAUUGCAGAAAGAAUGGAUCAACUGGCAGAAAUGCUGGAUCGUGAUCAGGUGAAAAGGACAGGGCUGGUGGAGCAGAAGUUGACAUAUCUGGAAGAGCAGUCCUUCCAGUUUGCAAAGGCACUUCGGUGGGUUGUUCAAUCACUAUCCAGCAGUGGAUUUGGAUCAGAGGAGGAUACUCCUGUCAUAGUCCCCAGCAAAGCCCCUGAGAUGAAGGAAUCUCCUGAAGAUGAAGUCCCAGAAUCUUUCCAUGCCCUGUACCAUGUGAGUGCAAGGCACCUCUUGUAUCCAACCUCCAAUGCUGUCCGCUUUCCUGUGCCAGAUGAGAAAGUGCCCUGGGAGAUAGAGUUUGAGAUCUACAAUCCACUCUUCUACAGUCCAGAAAGUCAAGAGAAUGCUGUACCUGAAUUUCUGAGAGACUCACUGGAUAAUCUUUCAAGAAUAAACUUCAACACUAUGGAUGGAGACAUCAACAGACAGAGCUUUCAUGGUACCUAUUUGGUUGAAGAUGGCCUGCCAUUGAAUCCCAUGGGAAGGACAGGAAUGAGGGGCCAAGGGAUUCUUCGGUUCUUUGGGCCAAAUCAUGCACUUCAUCCUGUUGUGACGCGCUGGAGGAGGAAUGUGGAUGGAUCCAUUUACAGAAAAAGCUUAAAGAAAAUGUUGGAAGUCUUGGUAGUGAAAUUCCCCUUUUCAGAUCACUGGGCUUUACCAGGAGGCUCUCUGGUGCCAGGUGAAGCACUCCCACAGAAGUUGAAGCGGGUUCUGAGACGUGAAUUCUGGCCACAAAUUCAGAAAUUGCUGAAUCAGGGCACUGAGAUAUACAAAGGAUAUAUGGAUGACCCCAGGAAUACUGACAAUGCCUGGAUAGAGACAGUGGCCAUCAAUGUGCACUUUGAAGACCACAAUGAUGUGGAGAUGAAGCGUAUGAACUCGUUUCUCCAGGGCUGUGAUCUUGAAGUGACUGCCCGGUGGCAGGUUGUGGACAAGAGAGUCCCCUUGUAUGUGAACCACAAAGACCUGUUGCAGAAGGCAUCUGUCCUCCUGGGGGCAUACUAUUGAUGGUACAGCAGCAUCUUCUCCUCCAUCAUUGCCCAUCUUUCUAUCUUAUUUUCCUCUGCUCUUUCUAAAUGCAGUAAACCUGACUAAUACCUUUC